GCGAGCGAGCGGCAGCGCUCGGCCUUGUGGCAGGCGGCGAGGGCCGGCGAGGGCGCCGGAGCCGCGGGCAGCGGCGGGGCGCAGGGAGGCGCGCACGGGGGCUCGGACGGCGCGGUGUUGGCCGCUGCGGGCGCCGCUGAGCGCUCUCACCUUCAGUCGCGCAACUUCGAAGCCAGGACGCGGGAGCCAACGGAGCGCUCGAGCCCCGGAGCCUGAGGAGCGCAGAGAGGGGCGCGCCGGAGCCUGGCCGGAGAGCGGGCGCCGGGUACCCAUCGCGCUCCCAGCGCCGGGCAGCCCUCUGCGAAGCGUGGCUGCCUCUGCCCCCACGGAGGGCACGGGCUGGCGCGGCCGGGCGCCGGGGAGGACGGCGAGGAGGAGGCGGCGGCGGCGGAGACGGCGGCGGCGAGGCUGGGGCCAGGGAGAGAGCCCCGGGGGAGAGGCGCCCGAGCCGGGCCGCGGGAGCAUGUGGGCCCGGAGCGGAGCGCGGGGCGCGCUACUGCUGACACUCCUGCUCUGCUGGGACCUGAGGCUGAGCCAAGCAGGCACUGAUUCUGGCAGCGAGGUGCUCCCAGACUCCUUCCCGUCGGCGCCGGCAGAGCCGCUGCCCCACUUCCUGCGGGAGCCGCAGGACGCCUACAUCGUGAAGAACAAGCCGGUGGAGCUGCGCUGCCGUGCCUUCCCCGCCACACAGAUCUACUUCAAGUGCAACGGCGAGUGGGUCAGCCAGAACAACCACGUCACGCAGGAGAGCCUGGACGAGGCCACCGGCCUGCAGGUGCGAGAGGUGCAGAUUGAGGUGUCGCGGCAGCAGGUGGAGGAGCUGUUUGGACUGGAGGAUUACUGGUGCCAGUGCGUGGCCUGGAGCUCUGCGGGCACCACCAAGAGUCGCCGGGCCUAUGUCCGCAUUGCAUACCUGCGCAAGAACUUCGAUCAGGAGCCUCUGGGCAAGGAAGUGCCCCUGGACCAUGAAGUUCUCCUGCAAUGCCGCCCACCAGAGGGGGUGCCUGUGGCUGAGGUGGAAUGGCUCAAGAACGAGGACGUCAUCGAUCCCACCCAGGACACCAACUUCCUGCUCACCAUCGACCACAACCUCAUCAUCCGCCAGGCUCGCCUUUCAGAUACGGCCAACUACACCUGCGUGGCCAAGAACAUCGUGGCCAAGCGCCGCAGCACCACCGCCACCAUCAUUGUCUACGUGAACGGCGGCUGGUCCAGCUGGGCUGAGUGGUCACCCUGCUCCAACCGCUGUGGCCGCGGCUGGCAGAAGCGCACACGGACCUGCACCAACCCCGCCCCACUCAAUGGAGGCGCCUUCUGUGAGGGCCAGGCCUUCCAGAAGACUGCCUGCACCACCGUGUGCCCAGUCGACGGUGCGUGGACGGAGUGGAGCAAGUGGUCGGCCUGUAGCACCGAGUGUGCGCACUGGCGCAGCCGCGAGUGCAUGGCGCCCCCUCCCCAGAACGGAGGCCGGGACUGCAGCGGGACCCUCCUUGACUCCAAGAAUUGCACCGACGGGCUGUGCGUGCAGAAUAAGAAAACUCUAAGUGACCCCAAAAGCCACCUUCUGGAGUCCUCGGGGGAUGUGGCGCUGUACGCAGGCCUUGUGGUGUCCAUCUUCGUGGUGGUGGUCGUCCUCGUGGUGGUAGGGGUGGUCGUGUACCGCCGCAACUGCCGGGACUUCGACACCGACAUCACCGACUCGUCCGCCGCCCUCACUGGCGGCUUCCACCCAGUCAACUUUAAGACUGCGAGGCCCAACAACCCGCAGCUCCUGCACCCAUCUGUGCCUCCGGACCUCACUGCCAGUGCGGGCAUCUACCGCGGGCCCAUGUACGCCCUGCAGGACUCGGCCGACAAGAUCCCAAUGACCAACUCACCCCUGCUGGACCCCCUGCCCAACCUCAAGAUCAAGGUCUACAACUCUAGCACCACCAGCUCUGGGCCAGGCCUGGCAGACGGGGCUGACCUGCUCGGAGUCCUGCCACCCGGCACGUACCCUGGUGAUUUUGCCCGGGAUGCCCACUUCCUGCACCUGCGCAGUGCCAGCCUUGGGUCCCAGCAGCUCCUGGGCAUGCCCCGUGACCCGGGGAGCAGUGUCAGCGGCACCUUUGGCUGCUUGGGCGGGAGGCUCAGCAUCCCUGACACAGGGGUCAGCCUGCUGGUGCCCAAUGGAGCCAUUCCCCAGGGCAAGUUCUACGAGAUGUACCUCCUCAUCAACAAGGCAGAAAACACCCUCCCGCUUUCGGAAGGGACCCAGACAGUAUUGAGCCCUUCGGUGACCUGCGGGCCCACGGGCCUCCUGCUGUGCCGCCCCGUCAUCCUCACGCUGCCACACUGUGCUGAAGUCAGUGCCGGUGACUGGAUCUUCCAACUCAAGACCCAGGCCCACCAGGGCCACUGGGAGGAGGUGGUCACCCUGGAUGAGGAGACCCUUAACACCCCCUGCUACUGCCAGCUGGAGGCCAGGUCCUGCCACAUCCUGUUGGACCAGCUGGGCACCUACGUCUUCACGGGUGAGUCCUACUCCCGCUCGGCGGUCAAGCGGCUCCAGCUGGCCAUCUUCGCCCCUGCCCUCUGCACCUCUCUGGAGUACAGCCUCAGGGUCUACUGCCUGGAGGACACGCCCGUAGCACUGAAGGAGGUGCUGGAGCUGGAGCGAACCCUGGGUGGCUACCUAGUGGAGGAGCCAAAACCCCUACUGUUUAAGGACAGUUACCAUAACCUGCGCCUCUCCCUGCACGACAUGCCCCACGCCCACUGGAGGAGCAAGCUGCUGGCCAAGUACCAGGAGAUCCCCUUCUAUCACAUUUGGAGUGGCAGCCAGAAGGCCCUGCACUGCACCUUCACCCUGGAGAGGCAUAGCCUGGCCUCCACGGAGCUCACCUGCAAGAUCUGCGUGCGGCAGGUGGAGGGGGAGGGCCAGAUAUUCCAGCUGCACACCACGCUGGCAGAGACGCCUGCUGGCUCCCUGGACGCCCUCUGCUCCGCCCCCAGCAGCGCAGUCACCACCCAGCUGGGACCCUACGCCUUCAAGAUCCCCCUUUCCAUCCGCCAGAAGAUAUGCAACAGCCUGGACGCCCCUAACUCGCGCGGCAAUGACUGGCGGUUGUUGGCGCAGAAGCUCUCCAUGGACCGGUACCUGAACUACUUUGCCACAAAAGCGAGCCCCACGGGUGUGAUCCUCGACCUCUGGGAAGCUCUGCAGCAGGACGACGGGGACCUCAACAGCCUGGCGAGUGCCUUGGAGGAGAUGGGCAAGAGUGAGAUGCUGGUGGCCAUGGCCACCGACGGGGACUGCUGAGCUGCCCCAAACCCGCGGGCUGUUAGGGACCAGCAGGCGGCUGGCACAGGCAGGCCCAGGGCAACCUCCUGUGGGGCAGUUGGGCCUCCUCUGCUCCCGAGCUCACAGCCAGAAUCGCCCUUCCUCCUCCUCCUCCCCUUGCCCCACCCCCAGACCACCACCAGCCUUAGGAAAUCCAUGGACGUUGUUGUUGGGAGGACCCAGCGGUCCUUCUCCACCUCCUGCUGUCUCUCCUGACCUCAGACCGCUGUGCAGGAACCGGGAUGGGGAUGGGGCCUCUGGAGGCAGCUAGGGGAGCAAGGAGGUGGCCCUCCCACCCUCUGCCCCAGGGCCUCUGGGGGGCGUUUGUUUUAGUUGUGCUCUUCAUUUUCUUCCUCAGUUAUUGAUUUCUCCCUCCUCCCUAAACCCCUUUCUCCUUUCACACUGUUUUCCUCUUCGAAGAGUCAAGUACAGUUCAGACAAACUGCUUUCUCCUGUCCACAAGCAAAAAGGAAGAGGAAAGAAAGAAAGCUUCAGACUGCUAGUAAGGCUCAAAAAAAGAAGAAAAACACCAAAACCACAAGGGAAAAGAAAACCCAGUUUCUUAGGAAACGCAAAUGAUUUAUUAUCCAGAUAUUUGGAUAAGUCCUUUUUAAGAAAAAAAAGAAAAAGAAAAUGAAAAAACAACACAAAAAAAAUAGAAAACGCUUUUCUUGAGUAUGGGUGAGUGUGGGCAUGCUCGUGGUUCUGGCCAGGAGCGUGUGUGUGUGUGUGUGUGUGUGUGUGUGUGUGUGUGUGUGUGUGAAUCAGGGAGAGAGAGACUGAAUAGGGAACACUUUGCUGCUAAUGAUUUUAUCUUAGACUAAAUUCUAACAAGGCCUCAGCUUCCACAGUUCUACAGGGUCAGAUGAGGUUUGAGCUGUGGUCCCAUGUUUCUUUCUAAAAUCUUAAGCAGAUGCUGAAUCAGUAAAGCCAAGGAGCCCUGAGAUCUGGCUUGGGGUGGGGUCCUGCCUCCCUCUCACAGCCCCAGGCGGGUGCUCCAAGUCUCAUUUGGGCUCCCAGGAAUCCAGAUUAAGAGGCCGUGGGAUGGAAAAUGUGGGCGGGCCAGCCCAGCUGUGAGCCAGGGAGAAUUUCCAGUACUGUGGUCUGGUGGCUUCUGGAGAGGGGGCAUGGCCCAGAAGGGGAGCCCUAACAGAGAGAGAGAAGUCAGGGAUGAGAAUCCCCCAUGGACACAUCUCUCUCCCGCAUCCCAGGGUGGGGCCAGCGAGGACACGCCCACCCAGCAGCCUCUAGACCAGGUGGGCUGGAGCAGGUGGGCGUUCUCCUAAUGCCCAGGAUCUGCCCUUUCCCAGGUUUGGUUACUUCUGUAAAACAGAAGGGGUGGAUAAGAGGGCCUCUCUAGCUGCCGAAGCCUGAGCUUCUGGGGUUGGUGUGGCUUUGAGGAACGUGUUAGCAGCCAUCCCUGCAGGUGGCAUGGGAGGCUGGGAGGUGGCUGCUUGGCUGUGCUUUACACACUGGCCCGGAGUGGAGAAGGAAGGGUGGAGGGCUAUUUUCCCAGCUCUGAUCUCCACAGGCACCUCCCUGCAACCCUAUUGUCACCCUCCUUCCGCAGUCUGACAGAGUUUGAAGGAAGCUUUGACACGCAGCGUUGCCAGGGUGGAGGGCCUGGCAUCCCUUCGCCAGCCUGUUCCAGGAUGUUCCAAGGGGCCAUCAGGGUCCCUUUUUGGGCCAUCUGGUGAUGGCUGGAACCAGAAUCUUGAGCUGGCACAGAGGCCACAUCAAAGGCCUCUCCUCCUUGGCACCCAAGCCAAAGCAAGUGCCAGCUCUGGCCAUUGACCCCAGGGCUUGCCCCAGCAGGUCCAUGAGCAUCCUGGCCUUUGAAAGUCUGGUCUCCUGGGAGGAAAGCAGGUUUGGGGGCUGUAGUCCCAACCAUUGUCCCCAGCCUGGCUUCCCUGCCAUGCACUAGGGGGCUUAUGGGGAUAGUGGGAUUCUCACCACCCACCAGCCCCCCUGGGGAAUGGGUUGGCUGUGGGCAGUCAAGGGCCUGCUGGGUUUGAGAGAGGGUUCCUUUUUAUCAGGGCUGCUGAAGGGGCCAGGCCUGCAUCGGGCUUGGGCCCCUGAGGCUGAGACCAUGGCUCUUCAUUACCCUAGUGCCUGUGUGGACAUUGCCUCAGACAAAGGCAGUGAGCCUUCCCUGCCAAGGGUGCCUGUCCACUACAGGCUCAGCAUCCCGGCUCGCUCCUAGUCUGAGCUGUGUGGGCCUGUGUGGUAGCUUGAGGGCAGCCUGGAGUCCAAAGACCAGCGUUCAAGCUCCAGCUUUGCCAUUAAACCUCUGUGUGACUUCAGGCAUAUGACUGCCUUCUUGGGGCCUCUUUUCCUUUUUCUACCAAGGCCCCACAGCUGCUGUCUGAGGACUUCUGGGCUCUGAUAUGUCAUUCUAGUCUCCUGAUGGGAACGCUAGUGGGUAGAAGUUGACAGUGGUCUGCCAUGUCCCUCCUCCGUGCCCCACCCUCAGAAGCAUGCUGCUUCCUCAGUGCCCAGGAUGGGAGCUCUUGGUAGAUGAGGCCAGGCCAGCCCCCCAGGUGCCAUUUCUAAUCGGAUUCCCAGAAAUUGUGUACCAGGGCCUGGAGCACAGAACCAGUUGGCUGAAGCCUCCUGGGAGGGUUCAAACUGUCCAGCUUUAUAAUAAAAGCCUGGAAAGGAUUUGCUGGCUCCAUCAAUCUGCCACGGCUGCUGUGACUACGUCUGCAGACUGCCCGCCUCAGGGUGGGAUGGACAUUUCUCCGCUUAUUCAGGCCUGAGAGGUAGCCCCACGCAGCCGAGUACCUUGAGAACCGCAGAUUAAGUGCCGCUUCAGGAAUGCAGGGCCCUCGUGCGCUGUUGACGUCUCUCUCAUCUCUGGGGUGUGUUUGUGCGUGUGUGCAUGUGUGCGUGGGCUUUUAUCCGCGGGCACAUCAGCGAGCCUCUCCGGGAACGUGACCCCACCUGUGUGUGCAUGUGUGCCCUCCUCGCGUCCAGGCUGGGCCAUCUGGAGGUUGGCGUGCCUGGUUUUGCCCUCUCUGAGUCCACAGGGUCAGUCGGUGUAUCUUCUAUGUGCCUCUCCCUCGGCCUUCCCUCGCAGUGCCCUGGGCUGCAGAGGGACCCUCCCCACUCCUGGAUGAUCCAGGACCCUCUGGUCCCUUUUCCCCAGCAACCAGGCAGCUGAGCCAGGUCCCUUAGCAGGCCCUCUGAGGAGAGGUGACCAAGAGCCUGGGUGCAGGGAGCAGCUGUCAUGUGGGCCAGGGGCUGGACCACUCGCCUGGGCCGUGGACAUGGUUCUGUGCUUGGGGCUGCAGGGCUGCAGGGAUGGCCCCAAUCCCACCUGUUUAUUCUGUAAACGACAACCUGUAAAUAACAUUUAGCAUUCCUAUUGUAACAAAAUUAAUUUUUAUGAAAUAAAUUAUAUUUCCUAGUCUAAUAAAAAAUUCAGGUUGUA